AUGGAUCCUUACAGUCCAUCACAUCCAACCGACCAGGAUAUGGAUUUAGUCUCUGAUUCCCCUGCUACUCCGGAACAAGAUGCUAAUCAAAAUCAAUUACCUCCCGACCAGUCACUUAGCGAUGUUGUACCAUUGCUUUUCAAUUCUAAUGCUUUUGCUUGUUCAAAGGAUGCUGACGUUCCUCAAUCAAACAACAACAUGGAAACACCACACUCUGAGCUGAAUACCGAUCAUCAUUUAUCUGGGGGAAAAGGUUGCGCUCAGUCUUAUUCAACUAGGUCAGCUGAAGAAAAUGUUCAUGAAGAGACGAAACACGAUUCUCAUAUUCACAUGAAAUCAUCCAAUGUUCACAAACGGUCUGCCCAACGUCAUCGCAGAAGUAGAUCACGCUCACCUAAAAGAGCUAAUAAGUCCGAGGAUAAAAUAGGUAGAAGGUCCCGAUCUCACUCAAGGCACCGUGUCCGCAAGCACCGUUCACGAUCACGUCCUAACGAACGGAGACGAAGCCGGUCUAGAACACCUCCAAGACGUUCCCGAGUGGUUGAUCGCCUCCCAGGUCCACGUUCUCGUUCGAGGUCCCCAGCAAAAUCGAGAAGAUCUGUCAAUGAAAAACGUGUUUCCCGCUUUUCUGAUGAACCGAAUUUUCCCUAUAAAGGGAAAGAACGUGACUCUUCCAUUGAUGAUCGACACAAAGAUUCAGAAUCGGUACGGUGGGAUGUCUCAAAACCUGUGGACGAACAUUCUGUUUCUGAUACGCUUGUAGCAAAUGAACAAACUAACGCCCAGAAAGAGGUAAGUGACGUAAAGCUUACCCCUAGCGUUGCUGCCGAUACUUUCACUCAAGGUCAACCACGGUCCACUGUCCAACCUUUAACCAGAUGGCAGAAUCCUAUUUGUAACAACUCAGCUUUUUUGCACAGGGUCCCACAAAUGAAUUAUAACCCUAUACGUUUUCCUCAAAAUAACUAUGGACUUAUGGGUUUACCCAAUUCAACGUUCCCAUCGGGUAUAGUACCAUAUCCCAGUGCACCAAUGCCUCCGAAUUUUAUGCAACCACCUCCUCUAAUGGUCCCUAGAUUGACUACGACUAUGCUUCCUGGGGCCAACACAGUAUUUCCCGGUCAGUGCAUGCAACCAGUUUCGAGCUUGCCUAUAGUAAUGUCAGGUCCUGGUUUCCAAACAAAUGCUCCUCCUCCACCUCCUCCGCCCCCACCACCACCCCCUACGUUCGCGCAACAGAUGCAGGCUCCAGCUUCCAACCUUUUAGAAACGUUAAUGAGCAAAGCGGGUUUACCUUGUAGUACACUUAGUGAUUUAAGUGUGAAUAAUAAACACAAUGAAAAGCCUGAUUCUGUCCGUGAAAGCUCUCCUAUGAAGCAAAUCAACAAACUGUUAAGUUCGGCUGCAAGUUCCCUCUUGAACCAACUUGCUGGUAGCCAGAAAAAUAAUGUGGACACUUCCUCUUCUGACCCACUUCCACCACCUCCUCCACCACCAUUGCCAUUUCAACACCAUCAUGAGCUGCCAUCAACCACUUCUACUUUUUCACAUUCGUUUGUACCUCCUCCACUCCCAGCGGUAGUCGAUCCAUUUUCUAACAAUGAGAUCAGUAAUAAGGUGCUCCCCAAUGGCGCGUGUGGACAAAAUAAAAAGGAGAAUAGGAAGCCUUUUGGGGACAUGAGAAUUGAAGAAGUAUUAGCAAAGCGCAAAAGAUACGACUUUUCUUCACGUCGUGAAUGGCAAGAACGCAUCGCUUUAGAAGUAAAAUCAGUCUUGAAGCCUGCGUACUCUCUCCGCCGGAUAAACAAAGAAGAUUACAAAGAAAUCAUGAAGAAGGCUGUUACUAAGAUUUCGCGAAGUGGUACUUCAUCAAUCAAUACCGAGAAGAUAAGUACAUUUGUAAAGCUGUAUAUUGAAAAAUAUCAUCGAAUGCAUAAAAUAAAAGCUCAGGCAACUGCGAAGGCAACUGUACAGUGA